UCCAUUAAGAGUUGACUUUUCUAUCGAACAAAAGGCCUCAAAGCAAUCCUCAAAAGACCACAUUUGUCUCCAUCAUUAAACUUAUAAUUACAAAUCACAACACACAAUCAAACCCACAUCAUAGAAACAAAAUCAGAAUCUCACAAUCUCAUCAGAAAAAUCCUAAAAAAUGGUGAGACAAAGAAGAAAGACAGAGAAAGAAGAGGAGAAGCGAGAACAAGAAGAUGGAGAACAUGAGGAUCCGAAGGUGCAGCCGAGGCAAAGAAGCGUGAGCAAAAGAAACAUGCAAUCUCUGGUGAUCGGACUCGUUGGAGGUGCGUUGACUCUCGGUGCUUAUUCUCAGACGUUUGUUUCUCCGGGACAAUCGAUCGGCGCCGGUCUCUUUGUCCUCUUCUUUGGAUUGCUUGUCAGCGAAGGUUUCAUAUCUCUUUAAGGAAAAGAAGACUACAUAAGUAAAUUAAACCUAUGCUUUUGUCUUAUGUAUUUUACUUAAAUAGUCACCUAUAUGAGCGUUG